CUCUCUGCCUGGAACUCUGACAACUAAAACCUCCCAACACCAUCGAGCAUGCCAGUCCCCAAAUCCCUCUUCACCAUCUUCUCCCACCACUUCUCUACCACCACAAAUCUCCCAAAGCUCCCAAGCCUCUCCAAAAUCCCCUCCAAGUACAGGCCCCAAGCCAUCCAACAAGCCCAGAAGGCCCUCACAGAGUACCUCCACACCACCAGGUCCUUUCCAUUCGCCUACGCCGAGCACAUUGCCGGGAACUCCCUCUUUUCCGUCUCCAACCUCAUUGCCAAACUCGAUUUCUCGCCCUCAGAUUUCUCAAAGAGCUUCAGCAGGCUCCUCAGGUACCAUCCCAUCAAUGAAUUUAAGUUUUUCUUUGAAAGCAUUGGCAUUAGUUAUAGUGAGGUUAAUGGGCUUUUGCCUGCGAACAAGUUCUUUUUCUCGGAAGACGGGACUGUUUUGAGCGCGGCUUGUGCGCUUUCGGAAUUUGGGUUUCCGUGGAAUAGGUUGGGGAAGUUGUAUAAGGAGGAAGUUUCGAUAUUUAGUAAGAGUUCUGGGGAGUUGACGGCUAGGCUUUGCAGGUUUAAGGAAUAUGGUUUGAAUAAUGUUUCAGUGAUCGGCAUUUGUCUAGCUUUUCCGCAUGUGUUGAGUGGGGAUGGUGAAUUGGGUGGUGAAAUUGACGCCUUGUUUGAUGAUUUGAAAAGGGUUUUUGUAGAUUUUGAUUUGGCAAGUUGUGUUGAGGGAAAUGUGGAUGCUUGGUACGAGGUUUGUAGGAAAAUUCGAUUCUUUUACGAUUUGGGUUGUGAGAAGGGUACGGCAGGGGGUCUGAUGGGUAGGAGCAAAUAUGUUUUCCUUGAAUACCCAGAAGAGGUUUUGGUCCAAAAAGUGGAAUACUUUUGUAGAUUUGGUGCAAGGAAUGAGGAUAUUGGUCUGUUGCUUCUACGGAACCCUGAAAUUUUGAAUCUUGAUAUUGAAACACCAGUGAUUUCAGUUAUGGGAUUCUUGAAACAUUUUGGAUUGAGCACAGAAGAGCUAAUGUCCAUUAGACAAAAGUAUCCUCAUGUGUUGGGAAGAAAUAAAAUGGCUAAUUUGCCUCAUGUGAUGAAGGCUUUGAAUCUACAUGAAUGGUUCUUCCAUAAGAUGAAGAGUGGAAAUCAUCAAUUGUUAGCUAAUUAUGUACUAAGUGAUCCUGAUGAAGACUUGGAUACAGAAUUUAGAGAUGGCUUGGAGAAGAUCCAAUCUUCAAGAUGCCCUGUUCAUACCAUGAAAAAGUUGGAUUUCUUGCAUGGAAUUGGGUAUGGGGAAAAUGCCUUGACCAUAAAGGUCCUUGAUCACUUGCAUGGCACUAGUAUUAAGUUGCAGGAGCGAUUUGAUUGCCUCCUCCAUCUAGGGAUUGAGUUCUCGAACCUCUGUAUGAUGAUUAGGGUAACACCAAAGGUCAUAAACCAAAAACCUGAAACUAUUGAGCAGAAAGUGAAUUUUCUCUGCCAGGAAAUGGGAAUCUCUCUACAGUAUCUAGAUGUUUUUCCUGCAUUUUUGUGUUUUGACUUAGAGAACCGGAUCAAACCUAGGUACAGAUUCCACGUAUGGCUUGCAGAAAAGGGUUUGUGCACAAGAAGCUACUCCAUUGCAAGCAUUAUAGCAACCAGUGAAAAGCAAUAUGUAGCUCGCCUCUCUGUAAUUCAUCCAGACGCUCCAAAAAAGUGGUCUGAGCAUUUCUCACCCAAAAAACCAUUGGGGUCAUAAUUGAGUUUAUACUGCAUCUUAGCAGGCUUCCUUCUUCUCCUAUGGUCUAGGAAUUUUGAACAAGAUUUUAGAAAAUUAGUGGAGUCUUGUGACAAAGUAAACAUUCUUGGAUUGAUCCAUGAGGAAGGAUUUGUAAAUUAAUAUCUAAUCCCCAGGUAACAAACAUUACUAAUUUUCUUUGGUUGCAGUGCUCAACUAAUUUGCUGGUAUU